GAUACGCACGUUGACCACAGUCAGUUAAACAUAGUCGAGGUUAAUAUUACUGCGAAGAAAAAUAUUUUGGUUAUAGAAACUUUUUGAAACACAUAGAGACUUAUUUUAAGACUUUUUAAUUAUUUCACUCAGUGUUUGUGCCAGUUUAAGAGUAUUCGAUUAUUUACAAUUCAAGAUGAUUUUAACCCUGUGCUGCAUUGCUUUUACCCUUUGGGUAAUCGCGUUCCGUUAUAGAAGGCGGCAGGUUUACAAACUGGCUUCAAAAAUACCACCACCGACAAAAGAGAUGCCCGUUAUUGGAAUUGCUCAUACGCUUAUAGGAGAUACUGAAGAUAUAAUGAACAAGCUUAAGGAUUAUAGUUACGCAGCGAUGGAACAUCAGGGCAUUGUCAGAGGAUGGCUUAAUCACAUAUUAUAUUUCUUGAUUGUAGACCCAGUUGAUAUUGAAAUGGUGUUGAAAACAUGUAUGGAGAAAGAUGAUCUGCACAGAUUCUUCAGAAAUGUCAUUGGCAACGGUGGUAUCUUCGCUCCAGUAAGCAUUUGGAGGAGACGUAGGAAAAUAUUGGUGCCUGCCUUCAGUCCGAAAAUUGUUGAGAGCUUCGUAGAUAUAUUCGCAGAGCAGACAGAGGUGAUGACAAACAAACUCAAUGAGCAAACUAAAAAGGGCAAUUUCAGCGUUUGGCCAUUUAUUAGCACUUAUACACUGGAUUCAGUUUCACAAACGGCAAUGGGAGUAAAGGUACACGCACAAAGUAACCCUAAAUCCCCGUUCUUGUUAUCAAUGACUCGGAUACUAAAUUUGACAUGCCAAAGAAUAUUCCAUCUGUGGCUUCAACCCGAUUGGAUUUACAAGUUCUUCCCACAAUAUACAGAGCACCAAGCUUGUUUGAAACAAAUGCACGACUUCACUGAUGAGGUUAUUAGAAAAAAACGCGAUGAAUUAAGGAUUGAAUCACAAAACAAAAGUGAAGUAGACAUUGCUUACGGUCUGGACGAUUACAAGAAAAAAACUUUUCUCGAUCACCUUAUUACGCUCUCGAGCAAAACAGACAAAGGUUAUACGGAUAGGGAGUUGAGAGAGGAAGUGCUGACCCUAACCAUAGCUGGAACGGACACAUCUGCUGUUGCUAUAUGUUACACCUUGAAGAUGCUGGCCAAAUAUCCAGACGUACAACAGAGAGUUUAUGAAGAAAUCUACGAUAUUUUCGGGACGUCAGACCGCGAUUUGGUAAAGGAAGAUUUGUUGCAACUGAAAUUUCUCGAAAGGGUAGUAAAGGAGACGCUGAGACUCUUCCCUCCUGUACCUUUCAUCAUAAGGAAAAUCGAAGAAAAUGUUACAUUGCCGUCCGGUAAAGUGUUGCCAGCGGGUUCUGGCCUGGUAAUUUCCAUAUGGGGCAUUCAUCGGGAUCCAAAGUACUGGGGACCGGACGCCGAGAAGUUCGACCCCGACCGAUUCUCGCCGGAGAGGCUCAACCUGAAACAUGUGUGCAGUUUCAUGCCGUUCAGUCAAGGACCCAGAAACUGUCUCGGUUACCAAUACGCUUUGAUGUCUAUCAAGACUGCUGUAUCAUCGAUCGUGAGAAAAUUCGUAGUAGUUCCUGACCCACAGAAUAGUGAUGAGCCCAAAAUUAGAGUGAAAUUAGACGUUAUGAUGAAAGAUGUUGACGGCUACCAGAUAGCUUUAGAGAGGAGGAUACCACCGUCUACCACCACCGUAAUAACAAACUAAAAUUACCAACACAUUUAAUAGGUUCAUAAUGUAUUUUAUAUAUAAAUUCCUACAAAAUUAUUUUUUUGGUAUUAGUGCAUAAAACAACGUUUUUCUAUGAGAGAUUUAUUAAAAUGAUUUAUAUUUGAGGACCUAAUAGUUCACAUGAAGAUAAUGGUAGCUCAUCUAAUAUAACCUUUUGAGGGUGAUAUUUGGAGACAAAGCCAAAUUUCCAAUAGAAAUCUUCUGCAAAUCAUAUUGACAGUAUUCAAGUAGGAACCUUAUUAGAGUCUCAAACAGUACCUAUAUACUUGACAUUAAGGCCGCCAUUUGUUUUUUUUUAUUUUAUUUAUUUAUUCAUGCACAAAAAGAUUUACAUUGGCGGACACACAUGUACUUUAUAUGUAACUGUUGCAUAUCUUAAUGUUCUUUAGCACUAACCUUUCGCUUAACUUUCCAAUUUUAAAAUCUAUUGCAGUCUCUUUUAAAUAUAUAG